GCGUUAUAGUUUAAUAUUGUUUUAAGAAAAAAAAUUAAAAAGCCUCUUAAAUUAUAAACGGAUAACAAUUCAAAGUAAUAACAGUAUAUACCUAUUGGCUAUUGCGUAUGUAUCCUUAAUUAAAUACUACUGAUAAUAUUUUAUCAUCGAGAUUAAACAAUACUAUAAUACAUGGUAAUUAUCUAUUGUAUUAAUGGAUAAAAUAUAUUAGGUAUUAUUAUAAUACCUAUCCCGGUCGAGUAGUCUUCUACUAUUCAAAUUUUGUGCAGUAAUUGAAUUUUAUAUAAAGUAAACAUGGUGCGACUAUAUCUGCUGAAACAGAGCUAUGCGGUUCAAUCGACAAACCGAUAUCCACCCAAAGUUCGCAUUGUCGAAGUUGGCCCCAGGGACGGUCUUCAAAGCGAACCAACCACUAUUCCCACAGACGUUAAAGUAGAAUUCAUUAACCGACUAUCCGUCACUGGACUGAAAAAUGUUGAAGCUACUAGUUUUGUCUCUCCCAAGUGGGUCCCUCAAAUGGCAGAUCACGCUGACGUUUAUAGCAGGAUCGACAAAGUGCCCGGGGUUUCCUAUCCGGUGCUAGUGCCAAACAUGAAAGGUUUAAUUACAGCAAUGCAACACGACGUCAAAGAGAUCGCAGUAUUCGGGUCCGCUUCCGAAGGGUUUAGCCGGAAGAACAUACACUGUAGCAUUGCAGAGAGUCUAGUGAGGUGUGAAGAUGUCGUUUCCACCGCUUUGGACCACGGUAUUAAAGUUCGAGGUUAUAUUUCAUGUGUUUGCGGAUGUCCAUACGACGGAGCUGUUUCUCCUCAAGACGUUGCAAAGGUAUCAAGUGCGCUGUACAACAUGGGUUGUUAUGAAAUUUCUCUUGGAGACACAAUCGGCGUUGGCACUCCUGGUACGAUAAGGCCAAUGUUACAAGAAGUUAUGCAAGUGGUACCCGUUGAAAGAUUAGCUCUGCAUUGUCACGAUACUUACGGCCAAGCCCUGGCCAAUAUACUCACUGCACUAGAUAUGGGCGUUACUGUAUUCGAUUCAUCCGUUGCCGGUCUUGGAGGUUGUCCGUACGCCAAAGGAGCGUCCGGUAAUGUUGCCACAGAGGAUCUUAUAUACAUGCUGGAAGGAAUGAAUAUUGAAACAGGUGUAGACAUGGAAGCGUUGCUCAGCGCCAGUAGGUAUAUUUGUGAACAACUGUGUAAGACCACUGAAUCGAAAGUGGCCAGGGCUUUGUCGGGAAAAGAAAAACCUCUCAAAUUUAUACAGACUUACAGGAGCAAAGCAAUGCUGGCAGAUCAUUAAUGUUUCAUUCACAAUCGGUUGACUUAUUAUAUUCCAUUGUUUUAUUAAAUUGUACUUUUCGGUGAUUUUUAAUUUUAAUUUAUUAUUUAUAAGACUGAGUAUAAUUAGUAAUUGUAAAAUGUUUAUAAUUUUAAUAAAAUGUAGUUUACUUUUAACGUGGUUUUACAUUUUAUUUUUACAAACGUUGAUCAAGACAAAUUUUUAAAUUUGAAUGUAAUGUUUUUCUAAUUAAUUGAUAU